AGGACAAAACCCAGCCUGCCUCUCUCCUUCCACACCGAGUCCAAAAACCUACAGUCACUGUCCUGAUUGUGACAGUGGAGCCCAGUUUUCUCUGCAGGAUCCAGAGAUGGCAUCAGUGAAGCUGGAAGACUGCAGUCAAACACUGGAGCUGAAUGUCAAAAUUAAAGAUGAAGAAGAGGAGGAGAAGAUUGGGACAACUGUUACUCAUGGACACCAUGUUGAGACAUUCUCUACAUCCAGAGAGCAACAGCCGGAAGAUCACAGAGCUAAGAGGUCUCACCACUGCCCACAUUACCGACUCAGAUUAAGUCUGAGGCCAGUAACAUCAACAGUGAGGACAAACCCAGCCUGCCUCUCUCCUUCCACACUGAGUCCAAACCUACAGUCACUGGGUCCAGAUUGUGACAGUGGAGCCCAGUUUUCUCUGCAGGAUCCAGAGAUGGCAUCAGUGAAGCUGGAAGACUGCAGUCAAACACUGGAGCUGAAUGUCAACAUUAAAGAUGAAGAUGAGGAGGAGAAGGUUGGGACAUCUGUUUCUGAUGAAGACCAUGUUGAGACAUUCUCUACAUCCAGAGAGCAACAGCAGGAAGGUCACAGAGCUAAGAGGUCUCACCCAUGCCCACAUUGUGAGGAGAUUUUCCCAUUUCUAUCAAAGCUAAAAAUACACCUACAAAUACACACAGGGGAGACUUUGUAUUCUUGCACUGACUGUGGGAAGAGUUUCACAACAUCACAGGCUCUGACAGUUCAUCGGCGAGUCCACACUGGAGAAAAACCUUACUCCUGCUCUGACUGUGGGGAGAGUUUCUCCCAUCAGAGCAACUUAAAAACACACCAACGUAUACAUACAGGAGAGAAGCCUUACUCCUGCUCUGACUGUGGGGAGAGUUUCUCUCAACAGAGCAGCUUAAAAACACACCAACGUAUGCACACAGGAGAGAAGCCUUACUCCUGCUCUGACUGUGGGAAGAGUUUCACCUCAUCAAGCAGCUUAAAAAACACCAACGUGUACACACAGGAGAGAAGCCUUAUUACUGCUCUGAUUGUGGGGCGAUUUUCUCCCAGCAGAGCAGCUUAAAGU